AUGUUUUAUAAUCGCCGACACUGGGGUGGCUAUUCAAUACGGGAACGAGAGCAACCAGAAGCCCGCAAAUUUGUUGAAAACCCAGAUUUGCCAUCACCAGAAGUCAUGACCAAACUUCUUAACCUCUACUUCAUUUACGUUCACCCAUUCGCCCCUGUCUUCGUGUGGUCCAAGUUUCUGAAACGUCUGCAGAAUCGAGACUAUUCACCAUCAUUCCUCUUUGUGCUCAAUAGUAUCUUUGCAUUAGCUUCUCGAUUUUCAGAUGAUCUUUCCUUCAGAACUGACCCAACUAAACCGCAGACGAUAGGGGUCAAAUUUGCAGAAAAGGCAAAGGCUAUCCUUGACACCAUCUAUGAUGCUCCAGACAUGUAUUGUGUUGGUGGUUUGGUCAUACUUUCGUAUCAGCAAAUGGGAACCGGUGGCGGAUAUCGUGCAUGGAUGUUCAUUGGACUUGCGAUCCGAAUGGCACAGCAUCUGGGCUUGCAUCGAGAUUGUAUGAAAUUGAAUCCACAUAUGCCCGCACUGGAUCGAGAGGAAAGGAAUCGUAUUUGGUGGGCGUGUUUCGUGGCGGAUCGCCUCGUCUCAGCCACAUUCGGCGGGCCACAGGGCAUCAACGAACACGACGUGGAUGCAACGUAUCCUGAGGGUAUCGAUGAAGAGAAUACUCUGCUAGAGUACCGUUUGGACAAUGCACCUAUUAUGCUGACAGGACCCUCGCCACAUUCGGAAAAGAAUUUCGUAUACUUGGCAUCGUUGACAAGGAUCAUGGGCAGAGUCUUGGUCAGUCUUUAUAGUCCACUCUCAAAGGCCUCUUCUUUGUCCAGUUUAUCUAUGACCAACCCUGCGCCGCUGGAACAGCUUGAUAAGGAGCUGACGGACUGGCUUCUGACGCUUCCACCACAUUUACAGUUUCGAUCUGUGCAGCAGGAACCUGGGACGUUUGUUAGUACAUUGCACAUGAUGUUUUAUGCAACUCUAAUUCUGUUGCAUCGGCCAUACAGCCAUCAGUCUCCUCAUAACACCAAUGACUGGACAAUCUCGCUUUCGAUCUGCACGUCUGCCGCCAAUAAUACGAUUGAGAUUGCUAGCAAUUUGAUGCGGACUACAGAUGAACAUAGAGACGUGCCUAGGUUAAAAUGUUUGCUUCAUAUGGCGGUAUUUAUUUUUUUUACGGCAGGUUUAGUUCAUAUUAAUAACUGUACGAGCUUGGAUCCAGUUUUGGCUGCUUCGGCAAAACUACGAACAGUUGAGACUCUCCGCUGUCUGAACGUGAUUGAAGAUGUUUGGAUUAGUGGGAAAUGGUGUGGAAAUAACAUUAAGAAUCUGCUGAAGUCGCGCAAUAUUGAGUUGCCAUGCUCCGUUGAAGGUAUGAAAUCUGAAGAUCAAAAAAAAAAAAAAAAAAAAAAAAAAAACUUUUUUGUAUAA